UUCCGAAGUGCAAGCAUCGAUGUCGUUCCAUACGUAGUACAUAUCUACGUUUCGUAUAUAAUCAUUUACAAGUAUAUGUGAAUUAUGUAUAUACAUGAUGCAAAUUUUCGUCACGUCCGGACGUUGCCCCGUUCCUUGUAACGAUUGGCGUUUAAGAUUUCGACUCAGCCAAGGAGGAGAUCGCGCGCGAAAUCAUUAUCUUUCCACAGUGUCUAUUAAUCUAUUACCAUAUUAUGUCUGAGACAAUCGUUACUCCACAGAUCCGAAUCUCCACGAACAAUUAGCUGAAAACUAAUAUUUCAACCGGAAUAUCAACUAAUACCUUUUGGGAUUACUGAACGGACGUUGAUUAUUUAGAUCCUUGAAAAGACCUUCUCAUGAACAUGAUUCAAUGGAUCUAUUGUGAAUCAGUGUGAAGAAUAGUGUGAAAAAGGAUGAGAAAAACAACUGUCACGGUUAUCGAAUAGAUUUUUAGUAUCGCACGUACCCAAAAGAGCAGAGCUGAUAUACUUUCACCGCACGACUCUGAAGACUAUCAAUUUCUUCCCUUCGAAAAAAUCGAAAUCUCGUGUUUCGGUAAAUGUUCAACCGUGAAAAACCGUGGUCUACUAUCCAAUCGUUCAAAAAUAUACGUGCGAACCGUGUCUGGUUAUUGUUGAAUCUCGACCAUUGGCCUUUUGCUAUUCAUGAGAGUUAAAGCGAAUAGCAUCGCAUUUGAAUAUGAAGAAUUAUUGUAUUUCUUAUCUCACCCCAUGCAGGCUGUGGUGGUUUUUCAAUGAGAUUGCAUUCAACCUUACCUUGACAUAAACAGAGGACUACUAAAUCUUGCAUAAUUAUCGAAUCAUACGGUACGACUGGCACCUUGACACGGUUGUGAGCAAGUGAAGACAAAUCCUUAUUUAUUAACCCGGCUGCAACCGACGAUAAGACUUUACCUGUUCCAAGUAACAUGCACUAUAGAACGGUGCCUUUUCAAUCGACGUUCGAACAAACACUGUCAUAGGUUGUGAGAAACGCGUUGAAUUCAGAAACGGGUGCUGAAAUAAUCGAUGCAGCGCUGCCAGUGGGUUUGGUAAUGAGAAUUUACAAGUUCCCCCCAUGGACACAUGGAUAAAUGUAAUAUUAUCGAUGAAUAAUCCGUUCGUUAUUAUCAAAUCCCCGAUAAGAAAAAAGCACGUCAACUUCAUCCGAUAGCGCCACCCAAAUUUGUACAAUCUUUUUUUUUUAGAUCAGAGAUCAAUGUCCUUCGGUGUGCGGUCCUCCUAUCGAAUCGAUACAGUCGUUGGCCGAAGAUCGGGAUCUUCGGUACGACGAAUACGUUAUAAUUAUAGCUUGUGAAGCGCGUUCCUGUAUUCCUGGAGAAUUGAAAGGAGUAUACCCCGGUGGACAAAGUGUAAUAUAAAAAGUGAGAUAAACCCGAUUUCAACAAAGAGAUUGCAGAUGUAUCAAACGAGGAGAGGCGAUGAUUCGUUCGUACAACUCGACGUCGGGUAGUUGAUGACUUUAGAAUGUGUUUGUGAUGACAAAAAUGGAUUGGCCGCCUCAGUUGUUUAGGUAGCCAAGAGAAAUCGGCGCAGAAAGUCAUAGGAAAGCAAGGAAUCCAAUCGAGAAAUCUUGAUUCCUAAUGAGCGCUACGGGCAUUCACGGGAACGUCUAACAUAUCAACAAUCGACUGUGAAAAAUAUCUGCUGGAUAAUAUCUAUUUUGAAAGAUAUAAUUAUAAUUAAUCAUUAACUCGAACCGUUGUGCGGGACAAAUUUGUAAGUUGAUUACAUAUCACAUAUUCAUGCGACCACGAAGGGAUUCACAAAGUGAGUUUAUCUAAAACUUGGCAUAUCAUUUUGCUGAAGGGAAAGUAUCUGCAUUUUUAAUCGAGGAAAAACUACCUGGACUAGUUCGCAAUCGGUUUCGAUCCGGCGGGGUUUGAAAUCCACGGAAAUUAAAUCGUCGAUCGAAUUCCGCAUGGCGAUAACGUCGAAUGAACGAACUAUCUGAUACUCCGUUUUCGUCGUCAUCUACGUCUUUGUUUGUCGAUAUUUUAGCAAGUGUGAAAAAAUGUAAUUCUUCAAACCGAAUCGAAGUUUAGCGAACUGAUAAAUCACAGCAGCAGACCGUACCGGUCAGGAUGGGUUGCGGUCAGAGUAAAAUCGGCAACAUCUAUCCGAAGAACAAAAAGAACAAAACCAACUCCAAAAAAAAUCGUUCGGCGUCGAUUGAGCAGAAAAACGGGAAUGGAAAUACCAAAGGCAACAAAACCAACAACAACGGUGUGGAAGUCAAUCGGAAUGAUCAAGAACAAAAUGGACCCAUUGGAGACAUCAAAAAUCAAGCAAAGAAGAAGCCUGUUGUUCCAGGAAGUGGCCCUCUGCUGCACCAGGCAGAAGUAUCCUCGAGUCAGGUGGAUUUCUUCAAGAUGCUAGAUGAGAAGAUAGAAAACGGGCCGGACUACGAUGAGAGUUUGGACGCUGCUGCCACCGUAGAGAGAGUGUCAGGGCUGCUGCGCCGUUGGGAGCUAGCCAGCGUGACCUGGUCCAGCGGUUCCGAAUUAAACGGCUCGCCGUCAAAUCUAAGGGGUCGUUGUUCAUCCUUGAACAAUUCCCGGCAAAGUCUGAGCGCUAAAGACCGAGAAGGCAUGCGCAAUAUAAUAGGUGGUCGGCCAGAAAGUGCUCCUAUAUUCGUUCGUAACGCAAAUCGCGUUGACGGACUACAGGAGGCACAUUCUCCGUCGCCUAAAAUGCCGAGACAUGUUUUAGAAUCCAUUUCUCAAAGCCCUACGCAAAGCCAGAAAAAUACACCUCCCUCAGGAUCAUCGCCUACGUGUAUUCGUUACGGGGAAUACAACGCUGGCAAUCAAUCUCCGGUUAAUCUUACUUCGAAGAUUGGUAAUAAAAUGCAAUACCAUCAUCAAACUGGUAAUAAUCAGGUUUACAAAGCGCCGACGAAUGGAGAGUUUAUUACACCACAUCAGCUUUAUAGGGAACAAUACCUUCAACAGACCGGUAUUAUUUCUGUACCGAAUCAAUUUUCACCCGGCUCACCAGGUGCUAAUGUUACAAGGAAUAGUCCUUACGUAAAACAGUUUCAAUUAAAUACCCCGGAGCAUUUUGGUUCGCCGCGAAAGCGAGGUUUUAAUACUGCGCAAAUGACGUGACUAGGAGUCGGUUGCAAGGGCAUUGAAUGACGGCCGCUACGUCCGACUCGGAAUCAGAAUCAAUUUGUUUAGCCGCGAAUCAAGACUGAGUAUCCAAUACGGUAGAGGCAUAUAAUGUAGAGGCGAGUACCUUCGGCUCUAAUAAAGCCGCUCAAAUUGAAUUGAGAGAGGGGAAAGCGAGAAGAAGAGAGAUUUGAGGAGAAAUAAAAGAUUGAGAAAAAUGAUCUGCGAUUAGAUUUUCAUUUUAGUUCUGUUUCUAGCUUAAUCUCGUAUAAUAUUACUGAGAAGACCCAUUUGCUUUCUUUUGACGAAAGACUGGUAUGAAAAUACUUGCAAAUUUUCAUAAACGAGCUUUUUACCUUAAUAAUCAAAAUGAGGAUCAUCUACAGGACAAAAGUUUAUACGACUCAUUCAAAUUAGAGUCGAAAUCUUAUUAAAAAAAAAAAAAAAACAAUAUACAAAACGAGGUAAGAUUGAAAAAAUAUAUAUCACAAAAGUAAAUAUGAUCAAAAUAUUGGUUCUUGAACUGUCGGACGUCUGCCAGAUCUUGAGGUGCUCUUAAGAAAUGGGGUUGGCGGCGUUAGAUAUUCAUACAUCGCAAUCUAAAAUUAGAAUCUGCAUAUGCAAAGAUUUAUGACCACUGCAAUCACUAACGAUCGAAGUUUGAUUGAUUGUGUUUCGUAUGAUCUAAAAAAAUUGACUUUUCUUGAACAUAUCGUGCUGCGGAGUAAAACUGAACGAAUACAGAUGAAAAAACGAUGAUCGGAAAAAUGUGGCCUAAUAAGACGUGGGCUAAAAGUCUAAAUGUAAUCCGUAUAAAAAGAUUACUACCUAUACCGUUUAAUGUUAAGAGUAUUUUAAGUGCCAAAAUGAACUUCACCGUUAAGCAAUCUGGAUGUUGUCAACUGUAAAGUAAAAAGAACAAAGGCAAAAAAUAAGAACAAAAAAAAGAGGAAAGAACUACAUUUUUCUGACUGUAUAGAUGUAAUCAACACGUAAUAAAUACGAUACCAUAUGUCUGUAAAGGUGAAAAAAAAGUUUUUUAAUUUCACAACUACAUAGAUCGAUACCACAUCGUAGUAAACUAAUCUAUCACGACUGUAUCUAUAAGGUAACGAUGUGAAAACCUAAUAAACUUUUGUAUACAUGUGUUAGCGAAGCGACAGGUAGUGCAGAAAAUUGUCGUCGUCGUUGUAGAAACAGAAGAAAAGGAAUAUUAAAUUAUAAAUAUUUACAAUAUAUUUAUUAUAUACGUUAACAUCACAUGUAUGCAUAGAUUAUUAUAUGACUGUACGUUAUAUUGUAUAUUUAUAUUAUGUUGACCAUAGUUUAUCAAAAAUGCAUGGUUGAUGAUGAAAACAAUUUUAUAUUCCACGUUGAAAAAUUGCGCAACUUAAGACAUUCGCAUGUGACACCAAAACUAUCCAUCUGUGUCUAUAAAUAAUUUGUUCUAUUGAAUCGUUUUGUUAUAAAAUAAACGAACAAUAAUUGUCCCUAA